AUGGGAAGGGUGACAGUAGCGGCGCUGCUGCUGCUGACGCUGUCGUCGGCGUCGUGGAGCGGCGCCAACGGUGCGGGCGCCGUGCGUCGCGCGCUUCACGUCAUGGACCCCUUCCACGAGCACGGUCCGGUGAAGUACGUGGUGAGCGAUCUGGAUGCCGCUCCUCCUCGCUCUGGCUCGACCGACAACGCUCCAUCUCCCCCACAGCCGAUCGACACGAGCGUCGACGUGCCAGGGAGCGGCUCGGGUAACAGCGACGACGCUGUGCACGCCGCGAAGGACCACCUCACGCACACACCCGCGUCGGUCGUCGAGGAGAAGAAGGGCGACGCCAAUCUCGACGAAACGCCGCACGAACCCAAGGCGACCGAUGCCGAACCCGCAGAUACCAGCGCCGAGGCCGACGACGACGACGUCGACGAAAAUAUCGUCGGUCAGACGUAUCCCACGUGCGCGCCGUGUGACGAGUGCAUGGUAGACUGGGUCGCCGCUUCAAAGCGGGUGAGCGAGGGUACCGAUCAGUGCCGCGGCACGGGCGAGUGCCGCGGCGCUUGCGACGUUCAGCUCCUGCGCAUCAACGGCACGUAUGGGCUCAAGAAGCUGAGCAAGGACAGACCCCAGACCAGGGACCUGGGGGCGUCGGCGGCGACGGUGAUGCGGGUGGAGACUCCGCGGGGAAACCCCUUCGUAAAGUUUGUGUGCGUCCCCGGCUUGCCCAGACACCACACAGUGUGCGAGAAGGGCGAGGAGUACCCGAAGGAGAAGCGGCUAAUCCAGAACACGGAGUCGCUGCAGAAGCUCGCGGACUUCUGCGGUCUAGAAAGUAUUAGCUCGCGAUCGUGGAUCGCGCACGUGAGGGGACGGAUGCCCGCGGGGAUGCCCUUGACUCCCACAGAGAAUCACCCGACGCCUGUGGAUGUCGACCAGCUCGGCAUAUUUUCAUCCCCGGCGGAUGGCAUCGCGAUAUCAGCGCUGUGCGCCGGCGUGGAGGGCCCGAGCCUUCUGUUUGACGUGCCAGCGUACCAGAUAGUGGAGGCCGCGCUGUACGACUUCAUAUUCUGUGCUGGGGACAGGCACACGCAAAACGUUUUCAUUGACGAGGACUCCAACAUCAAGCUCAUAGACAAUGACAAUCUCCUGGGUGAACAGGUGUUUGUUCCAGGCUCAUUCAACAAAAGCCGGAAGUGCGGGGUGUCUUCGCUGUUUAUCCCGGGCACGAUGGAGAGUUGGAGGCUGCGCAGGUCGAAGUACUGCCGGGGACUGCUUGGGACCUUGGAUUACCGGUGUCAUGCGGGUCCCUCUGGGGAGGUGAACCUGAAGCCAAAAUUGCAGCAGUGCCUGACGCACUUCAAGAAAUCCAGCGCCAAUGAUAUUCACGCCGAGUUUGGACUCGCCGAACUCGACUUCGCAGAGAGUCUCAAACAGAGGGCGACUGAUUUGCUGGAUGUCGGCUUUCCUGCGGCGCUGCAACGGGCAAACGAGUUUGAAAAGACUAUCAUGUUCACAAAAGCUCCGGACAACAAGAAACCGUUUGUGGGGAAAAAAUGGGACGACAUCCCUACGAGUUCAGAUAAAGAUAUGUUCGCGGCGUGGAGAGAUAGUAUGUGGCGGCCGCUGGAACCAGCGGUGUGUAACGGACUAAGGGCGAAUUGGGACAACGCGCCGUGGGACUAUCGCACCGAUAAAAGCUUCGUCGGUGGCGAGGAGGGUGCCAAUGGCAUUGGCAUUGAAUUGCAGAGGAUUACAGUUGAGAUGACACGCCCGAAGACGAUCCAGCCCUGA